AUAAAAAAAGUUCACGCGCGUCUACCGACCCUGUACUAAAACCCUCAACUUAAGCCUGACCCUGCAUUUGAUCACCCGCCCGCGACACCAGCCUGAGCAUCGACGACCACACAUAAGAACAGCCAGCCAGAAGCCAGCGCGUGCCUGUGUGUCGUGUCUCUGUGGCGCGCCCAACCUUCGACGACACGACAACAAUCUGUCUACCUGACUGACUAUCUGGCCGACGUGACUGCCUCUUCCUCUCCCUCUCAUAUAUAUACAGCACCCCCCCUGCUAUUCCCCUCGCCCUCGCCCUCUUUCAAGAUGUCAAAAACAACAUUCGCAAUCAUAGCUGCCGUCAGCGCUGCCACCGGAGCCGCCGUCACAGCAGCGAGCAUGUCCCUCGCAACCCCAGCCGAUAAGAAAACCAAACCAACCCCCCCGGUGCUGUCAACUCCUCCCUCUCCCUCCGUAACACUCCCAGCACCCGUCCCCUUCCCCGGAGCCCUCGCCAUUACCGCCCCCGUCGACCCAGCAGGGCUCUUCCAAUACGGCUUCCCCGGCCCCGUCGCCGACCUCGCGACCCGCAACUCCCUCGUCUCCUCCUUCGACCGCCGCACCAAGAAUCCCUUCUGGGUAGCUGAGCACAUCACGCCCGCCUCCCUCGCGACGCGGGAGGGCGACCGCAAAUCCUCCGUCUUCCUCGAGGACCCCGACGUCCCCGAGAAGUUCCGCGGGAAGUUGAAGGACUACUUCCGCUCCGGGUAUGAUCGCGGUCACCAGGUGCCGGCGGCGGAUGCGAAGUGGUCCCAGGAGGCGGUGAAUGAUACUUUCUACCUCACGAACAUGUGUCCGCAGGUCGGUGAGGGGUUUAACCGGGACUACUGGGCGCAUUUUGAGGAUUUCUGUCGUCGUCUUACGACGCGCUAUCCGUCUGUGCGCGUCGUUACGGGGCCGCUUUACCUCCCGAAACGCGAUGCGGACGGGAAAUGGCGCGUCUCUUACGAGGUCAUCGGGAACCCACCUAAUAUCGCCGUUCCCACGCAUUUCUACAAGGUGAUUUUCGCCGAGGACGGCAGAGUAGGAGGCCAAGUCGCGAUCGGUGCAUUCGUGCUCCCUAACGCGAGGAUUCCCAAUGACAAGCCCCUGGCUGAGUUUGAAGUCCCUGUGGAAGCGGUGGAGCGCGCGAGUGGGCUGGAGUUUGCGACGAAGUUGCCGGUGCAGAGGAGGAAGAGACUGUGUGUUGAUACGCCGUGCUCGUUGGUUAUUAAGGAGUAUGCGCAGAGACAGCAGGCGUUUGUGAAGGAGGAGAGGAAGCAGGUUUCUGCGCCUGGGUCGCCGAGGAAUUAAUUGGAUGAUACUAUUGGUACAGGAGUGGUUUGCGUGGCGCGGCGUUGUUCAGACAGGAAUACAGACAGACUGACGACUGGAUGAUUUCCCAGUUUGGUUGAGGGGAGGUCUUUUGCGCAUUGUAUAGCAGGGAGGGCGUAUUUUGCAUCAUACACACUUGCUAGAACCUACGCUUUCAGAAGCCUAUUUUCUUCUCUUAUUAUCAUGUACACUCUAGAUUAGAAAUAACCCUUAUAUACCAAUACAGCGCUUUAAAGUUAAAUUUACAGGCAUCUCUCUCUUUCCCAACUCUUUUCUUCAUUUCUUCAUUUCUUCCUUUCUUCCUUUCAACCUCUCUUCAGAUCUCUCUCUCUUUCCCUGGCUUCUUUGGGCGGCGAUGUUUUUUUUUUGGCGCAGAGCCGCAUAGCAAGCACGUUGCGUUCCUGCAUGACUCAACGCGCCACGAUCUGCAAACUCACCAGGUCAGGGGGCUGGCCUUGGGCCCAUCACCCAGGCUUCCAAACCCGUGACCUCCCACCACUCACCACCCUCCCAUCCCGUG